AUGCUCAUCUGCGGCAUCGCCAACCCGACGGGGGAGGGUGAGGGCUACAACGGGCUGCACCUCAAGGAUAGCGAGAUCGACGAGAUCAUCGCAGGGCGGGAGAUGGUCGGCCUGCCGGUCAAGAUCGAGCACAAGGGGGUGGGCAUCGGGAGCGUCGUCUCCGCCUUCAAGGACCGGGAGGGGCGCCUGAACUGCGUCAUGGAGCUCAGCCCGGACGAGGUGGAGGGCGCCAUCGCGCAGGAGUGGGUGCGGGACAGGACCGCCAGCGAGCUGUCGCUUGGGUACGUCGUGGAUAUCAACCAGUCGGGCAGGGGGGAGGGCGAGCGCCUCCGCGCGGGGAAGAAGAAGGUCCUCGAGGUGAGCAUCGUCAGGAAGGGCGCCAGGCAGGGAUGCAAGAUCUACGGCAGGGAUGCCCCGCAUUCAAAUCAGUCCAAUGCCUUCCCCGUGCCCUCCAGCGCGGAGAUCCUCAAGGACUGGGGCGUGGCGUUCGGUUUAUUGCAGUGCCAUCUUGAAACGGAUAUGUUUACCAUCACUAACAACGUCGAGGCACACCAGCCCCACCAAAAGCUGACUAUCUUUCAGUUCAGUAAGCUCUAUAACGAGCCCCUGUCCUCCAUGGUCAAGCAUGUCUGCUACCGCAUUGAGAUGCGCAAGCACAUCAAUGCGAACAACUUGAGGAUCGUUCAGCUGAACAACAUGCUCAGAGAGACGACCGAGAGGCACUGCAUGGAUCGUCUCCCCCUGAUUCACAAGGCCGACUUCCACGAGCUCUACGUCAUCGAAAAUCUCCUCCGUGAAUUCGUUCAUGAUCUCGGAAAGAUCCGGGAGGAGGCCACGAUCCUGGCAGAGGAGAUCGUGGAGCUGGACGCGGCCCUGAACAGCACCGGACUGAUGUACUAG